UUUUUCGAUCAGUUGAUAUAAAUCGCUUGCGCUUGAAUGACGUGUGUGUGCUCUAGCUGCGUUCAUUUAGUUUUUAUUUAUUUUUUUUACGAUACGAAAUAAACUGCAGAAAACAACAACAACGCCGAUCAAACACUACACACAAGCACACCUUUCUCCCCAACAACAACCAUUUGAUAUAAGUUUUCGGAAAUAUCGUUAAUCAGACGGUAGGCAUUCAUUGGCCAUUACAAGAAUUAGCUCAGUCAAUUGAAAAACAAUUCACUCAACAAAACGUAUACACAAACCGUAGUUUUGCUUCCGGAGAACGGUAUGGAAUUUUUUUCCCGUUGACUUAUUACAGCGAUAGAUAACAUUAGUAUCGCAUUGGUAGCAGAAAUAAAAACGAAACAAAAAAAAAAUAAAGAAACCAAAACAAAACAAAAAAUUGUGUUAGCAAAAUCAAACUCUCUCGGGUAAUCAUAUGGUUUUCGAAUUUUACACAUGGUGUGCAUUUCGUUCGUGUAAACAAGUGCUUUCAAUCUGCGCGCGGAAUGCAACAAAGGUGCAUGUUGAUCGAAAAAGAAAGGAAACGGUACCACAAAACUUUGUUUACUUUUUAUUGGACAAGCUGAACAAAUUGAUAUGUGUGGCUAUUUUAAUUUAAUUUUGUACGACUCAACCCGAUAAUAAACAACGUAUCGAAUUCAAGUGAUCUCUCGAUUAAAGACAGAAGACCUCAUUUCAUGGAUUGUGACUAAAAAAUUGCAUGCAUUCAUGUUGCAAUAUAAAAUUUCACUAAAUUUACGUCGUUUGAGAAUCAACUUUGUUUAAAAGAGUGUUAAAAGUAGAUGCCGAUUCCAUUCAGGAAAAAGUGAUCAGACGACUUUUUUUUCGUUGAACUUAUAAAAUCAGCUUGAACUUUAAAAAAAGAGUGUAAUCGGAGCUUGAAAUAUCAUAUUAUUUAUUAGUACCAUGUGUUAGCGAAUCAAUCUCGAAAGAGUGUGUUUAUCAAAGUAAAAACAGAACUAUUCGGCCCUCACUUAUGUAAUCAAUAAUCAACAGUACAAAUAAAUUCUCGUGUGUCAAAACCAAAACCAAAUAUUUGCAUAUCAAGAGUAGAAUAAAUAGACGAUUUUAAAGUGAUGUUAACUAUUACAAGAAUACAGUGAAAAUGAAUUGAAAUCAAGUCGUCACGCAAAACUGAUCGGAAUUUCGUCGACGAGAAUCAUCAUCCAUUGUGUUUUUUUGGUUUCGAGAUUGCUGCUUUUUUUGUUCGAGAAUGAAUAUUACAUUGAAUGAAAUUAUUUGUUUGAAAGUAAAAGUUAAUUGGCAAUUGAAACUAAUAAAUUACGAUAAAAUAUUCAUUUGGACUCAUUUUUAAAUUCUCGAAACAAAGCCGAAAUCGAAAGCUAGCGUAGCAACUUAUAUAUGAAUGAUAAAAAAAAAACAAUUGACAAGAGAAGGAAAAACGAACACUAUAUUUGAAGGUAAAAAAUAAAUAGCUAAACGAAAUAUUGUGAGAAAAUCAACAAGCAAACAUUCACAAACGAAAUGGUACUGAAUAUACUGAUUGCAUCGACUGUGAUAAAGUCAACGUUUGGCGUCGUUACCACUAGUCUUUGGUUAAUACCAUUAUUAUUGGCUGCAAUUUCCUAUUAUCGCUAUGAUCGUGUCGAUCCCGAAUCACGACCAAUCGAUCAAAAAAUCCUCUAUGCUCAAUAUGACUUCAUUAUUAUUGGCAGUGGUUCGGCAGGUGCUGUGGUAGCAAAUCGAUUAAGUGAGAUCAAACAUUGGCGUAUACUUUUGUUGGAAGCCGGUCCCGAUGAAAAUGAAAUUUCUGACGUACCUUCGCUUGCCGCAUAUUUGCAGUUAAGUAAAUUGGAUUGGGGAUAUAAAACUGAACCGAGUAAUAAAUCAUGUUUGGGCAUGAAGAACAAUCGUUGUAAUUGGCCAAGAGGCAAAGUAUUAGGUGGAUCAUCAGUAUUGAACUAUAUGUUAUAUGUGCGAGGCAAUAAACACGAUUAUGAAUUAUGGGAAUCGCUCGGUAAUCCGGGAUGGGGUUGGAAAAAUGUGUUACAUUACUUCAAAAAGUCCGAAGACAAUCGAAAUCCAUAUUUGGCAAAACCGCCGUAUCAUUCAAAAGGUGGCUAUCUAACAGUACAAGAGUCGCCAUGGCAUACGCCACUCGUAGCUGCAUUUGUUGAGGCGGGAACCGAAUUGGGCUAUGAAAAUCGUGAUAUAAAUGGUGAAAAGCAGCAAGGAUUCAUGAUUGCACAGGGCACAAUUCGACGCGGAAGUCGUUGCAGUACAGCAAAGGCGUUUAUUCGGCCGGUUCGUUUGCGAAAAAAUUUGCAUGUUGCAAUGAAUGCCCAUGUAACUCGGUUAUUAAUUGACGAUAUCAAAAUGCAAGCGACUGGCGUUGAAUUUGUUCGCUAUGGAAAGAAGUAUCGUAUCUCAGCCCGACGUGAAGUUAUUUUAUCAGCUGGUGCUAUAAAUAGUCCACAAUUGCUAAUGCUCAGUGGCAUUGGUCCGAGAGCACAUUUGGAACAACAUGGAAUUCGUGUUAUCAAAGAUUUAGCAGUCGGUGAAAAUUUACAAGAUCACGUCGGCAUGGGAGGAAUGACAUUUUUGGUCGAUAAACCAAUUGCAAUUAUUCAAGAUCGUUUUAAUCCAGCAACAACAACAAAUCAAUAUGUAUUGAAUGAACGUGGUCCAAUGACUACGCUGGGUGGGGUUGAAGGAUUGGCGUUUGUGACAACAAAAUUAGGAAAUCAUUCGAUUGAUUGGCCAGACAUUCAAUUCCACAUGGCACCAGCUUCAAUCAAUUCAGAUGCUGGUGCACGAAUUAAAAAAGUUCUCGGCAUAAAAGAAAGUUUAUAUCAAUCGGUUUAUGCGCCAAUUGCCAACAAAGACGCUUGGACUAUAAUGCCAUUGUUGUUGCGUCCACGAUCACGUGGAUGGGUUAGAUUACGUAGCAAAAAUCCAUUUGAUUAUCCACUUAUGGAUCCAAAUUAUUUUGGCGAUCGUUUCGACAUUGACACAUUGGUGGAAGGUGCAAAAAUUGCAUUAAAAGUUGCCGAAGGCACCAAAGUAUUUAAACAAUUUGGAUCAAGAAUUCAUAGAAUACCAUUUCCAAAUUGUAAGCAACAUAAAUUUAUGUCCGAUCCAUAUAUCGAGUGUCAUAUUAGAACCAUUUCAAUGACAAUCUAUCAUCCGGUUGGUACAUGCAAAAUGGGACCGGACUAUGAUCCAGAAGCUGUUGUCGAUCCACGAUUACGAGUUUAUGGUAUCAAAGGACUUAGAGUUAUCGAUGCCAGUAUUAUGCCUACAAUUUCCAGUGGUAACACAAAUGCUCCAGUGAUCAUGAUCGGUGAAAAGGGAGCCGACUUAAUUAAAGAAGAUUGGCUUACCACCUAUACCCUUCGAAUAGUGAAAGAAUAAAUGCGAAAAAUACAUUUAGAGAUCAGAAACGAGAGACCUCCUCAUCAACAACCCCAAAAUUCAUAUCACUUACAAUGUCAAAUGCAUCGACUUAAAUAAUAUGCAUAUAAGUUACAAUAAUUAUUUGUGUACAUACCCUAAUUUAAGUGCUAGACUGAUAAUUUACAAGUCACGUGUUGGGUCAAUUCCACUUCGAAUUCAAUGGAUUUCGAUUGGAAGAGACUCUGGAUAAUGAUGAGAUUGAUAUGGAAAUUGAUAGGUCAGUCGAAAUAGAGAAUCUGCGGCACAAAUGAACAUUUAAAAAAAAAAUCGAACACGUAAGUUGAAUGUGCCAUACGAAUGAUUUUUUUUUUGUUGAAAAAAUUGAAAUGUUUUUGAAUUGAACAGUUUAUUCCAAUCAAUAUGUAGCAGUUCACCAGCAAUCAUCCAUUUUUGUUUUUAUUUUGUUUUUUAGUCGUUUUUAAGUUUGAUAGAGUUAAUAUAUUAAGAUUGUUAUAAAUUAUAGAAAGAAAAUACAC